AUGUCGGAUGGUUAUAUGCCCAGAGAGAUGCUAGAGGCCACUAUUGUCACCUUGCCAAAACCUGGUAAAGAACCGACUAUCCCCCAAAAUUUUCGGCCUAUUUCCUUCCUCAAUACUGACCUAAAAAUCUAUGCCAAGUUACUAGCGAACAGAUUGGCGGAGACCAUCUCGUCCCUGAUUGCCCCUGACCAGGUGGGUUUUGUAGUGGGUAGGCAAAUCACUGAUAACUCUAGAAGAGUGUUAAACCUCCUUGACAGAGUCAACAAACUGCGAAUACCCGCGGUGUUUCUUACGCUGGAUGCCGAGAAGGCAUUCGACCGAGUAAACUGGUCGUUUGCCUUCUCGGUGCUCCAUAAGAUGGGAUUCCCUGUCGCCACCAUCAAAGCUAUAGAAGCAUUAUACAAGGGCCCUGCUGCCCAAAGAACAAGAAAUGCAAUUAUUAGUUCGCAGUAUAGAUGGCCACUGAUAGUCCCAUACUACUUAGAAAACAGUCUUGAAAUAAAUGCGAAAGGCGUUAUCCUGAAAGCUUUUGAGCGCUACCGACUGAAGACUUGUAUUGACUUUAAACCCUGGAAUGGUGAAAAAAAUUAUGUAUCUGUGUUUAGAGAUAAUGGAUGUUACUCAUAUGUUGGAAUGCAGAAUGGAAAACAGCAACUUUCUAUUGGCACUGGUUGUGACACAGUAGAAAUAGUUCAACAUGAAUUCCUGCACGCACUAGGAUUUUAUCACGAGCAAUCGCGAUCUGACCGGGAUGACUAUGUGACCAUCUUGUGGAAAAAUAUUCAGUUUGGUAUGGAUCAUAAUUUUUUUUCGUAUAGUGAUACAGAGACCACGUUUCUAGACGUUCCCUAUGACUACACAUCUGUCAUGCAUUACCCCAGUACAGCGUUCUCUGCCAAUGGCAAUCCAACAAUUCAGACAAAGAAAGCUGCAUUCAAUAAUCUUGCCGGGAAGCAAAUGGAUUUAAGUGCCAAUGAUGCCUUAAAGUUAAAUCGACUGUACAACUGUUCUUCUUCUUUAACAUUCCUGGAUUCCUGUAGCUUUGAAUCAGACGACAUAUGUGCCAUGAUUCAGAGCACAAAUGACAGUACUGACUGGGAGUAUGUUUCCAGUGUACCAGAAGGACCAAACACAGACCAUACACAUAUGGGAAAAGGCACAGGAUAUUUUAUGCACUUCAGCACAAGCAUAGGCGAGACUGGGGAUGAAGCUAUACUGGAAAGUAGACUCUUCUACCCAGCGAGAGGAUUUCAGUGUCUGGAAUUCUUUUACUAUCAUAGCGGUAACGAGAGUGACCAACUGAACAUCUGGAUCAAGGAAUACACCAAUGAUUCCCCCAACGGCAAUCUGACAUUUGUCAACUCUGUAACUGGUCCACCUGCUGAUUACUGGCAGAUUCACCAUUCUAAACUAAGUGCAAAAAACAAAUUUAGAUUUGUAUUUCAAGGAAUAAAAGGAGGCGGCAACUCCGCUGGAGGAAUUUCAAUUGAUGACAUCAAUUUGUCAGAAACAGAAUGCCCUCAAAAUGUCUGGCACAUCAGAAACUUUACACGUGACUUGAUAAAAAGUUCUCUUUUUAGUCCCCCAUACUACUCCAAAGAUGGAUAUGCCUACCAGAUAUCCUUAAUAGAAUAUCCUUGGUCAAGUUUGCCAUUCAACAUUGCAACAUUUGUAUAUUUGGUAUCAGGAGCGAAUGAUGCUACUCUUCAAUGGCCAUGCCCCUGGAGACAAGUCACAGUGGAGUUCAUCGAUCAAAACCCAAAUGCUCAAGAACGGACAUCAAAUAUGAAGAGUAUUACUACUGAUCCUAAUGAAUUCUCUCCUGAGACUGGUCCCUGA